CAGGGCAGGAGGAACCGAUGCCUGGACCAGAGGACGCGGUAGCAGAACUGGUGUGGGACAUGGGGCCUUCUGGCGCCGCGGCCGGCAGGGAAGAGGUUAGCUCCCCGGUCCGGGAGGGGGUAUAAAUUCAGGGCACAGGCCCCCUCCGGACCUGCCGUCACAAUGGCCUCAGGGAUGGCCCCGCUCUGCGCUCUACUGCUGCUGUCACUGCAGCUGGGCCUGGGCUGGGGCUCCAGUGCCUGGGGGACGCCGAUGGUCAAGGGAGAGUCUGAGCAGGCGGCGGACGCUGGAGGGACCCAGCAGGGCGCCCACUGCUCCCCUGCCCGCCUGCGCCGAGCGCCAGCCAGCCCGUGCCAGCUGUGGAGCCUGACCCUGCCGGUGGCGGAGCUGGGCCUGGGCUACAUUUCGGAGGAGAAGGUCAUCUUCCGCUACUGCGCCGGCAGCUGCCCCCGUGGCGCCCGCACCCAGCAUGGCCUGGUGCUGGCCCGGCUGCGGGGCCAGGGCCGAGCCCACGGCGGGCCCUGCUGCCGGCCUACCCGCUACGCUGACGUGGCCUUCCUUGAUGACCGCCACCACUGGCAGCGGCUUCCCCAGCUCUCCGCAGCUGCCUGUGGCUGUGGCGGGUGA